UGUUGGGAAAUUACUGCUAAACAUCGUCAUCAGAAUCUUGGUGCCGUGGCUGGCUGGAAUGUGUUUGCGUCGUAUUAGCCCCGUGAAGAAAUUCGUGACGAAAUGGAACAAUACCGUGAAAUACGUUGGAAUAAGUUUCCUUGUAGGCAUUUUCCUUGUCAAAAUCAGUGAGACGAGCGCAAGUGGAAACUUAGAAAAGGUUUCCGUCGUCAAACUCUUACUUGUAAUCGCACUUGGAACAAGUUUCACAAUGUUCAAUGCCCUAUCAAACUAUGGUCUUCUUUCAGUAUUACCAUGUGUGUCAAAGAAAUCAACUGUGACUUUGUCCAUUAUGAGCUGCCUUAGAGUUAUUAGCUUUCCAGCAACCAUUAUCGAUGUUCUACCUGAUAGUACAGGUGAUAAAGGACUUAUCAUUCUUCCAAUCGUUUUUGUAUUUGUCGCAACUAUAUUGAUGCUCAACUUAUUCACAAUCCUUGUCAAAGUUAAAGAUGAGGACAGCGAGGAUACGGAGAUAGGAAAUGAUGAAAUCAAAGAUUCCUGUGUUGAGUCAAAGAUCAAUGAAGGCGUAGUUUUUACAAUCUACACUGAUGCAAUUUCGAUCAAAGACAAAAACAAACUGACUGUAGAAAAUGCAAAUAGCUUUAUUUGGAACAAUAAUGUUCAGUAG